AUGGAUACUUAGUAAAGAAAAUUUAUUUAUAGAUGCAAGUAGUGCAGAUAGUAAUUGUUUAAGAAAGAAGAUAUUGAACAUGAAGCACAAACAUAAAAAGAUAAAUGCACAUCGAUAUAUAUUUCUGAAGAAGUAGAAUGGAUUAAAAAUAGAGUAGCUGAAGAGUGGGAUCAUAACUUACUCUGUCCAAAAUGUAAAAACAAAGUAGGUGAAAUUAAAUUAGAUGGAUUAUAAUGCAGAUGUGGAGAGUGGAUUAUCCCUGGAAUUUAAAUGAGUCUUGGUAAAGUAGAUAAACUGAUAGAUUUAUCAAGCAAGUGA